AUGGCCCAGCUAUACUACAAAAAGGUAAACUAUUCACCGUACAGAGAUCGGAUCCCAUUACAGAUUGUGCGAGCGGAGGCAGAGCUCUCGGCGGAAGAGAAGGCCUACCUCAGCGCUGUGGAGAAGGGGGACUAUGCCAGCGUGAAACAUGCCUUACAAGAGGCAGAGAUCUACUACAACAUCAACAUUAACUGUAUGGAUCCUCUUGGUCGCAGUGCCCUUUUAAUAGCCAUAGAGAAUGAAAAUCUGGAGAUCAUGGAGUUGCUUUUGAGCCACAGUGUCUAUGUGGGAGAUGCUCUGCUGUAUGCAAUACGGAAAGAGGUUGUGGGAGCUGUGGAGCUGCUGCUGAAUUACAGGAAGCCAAGUGGUGAAAAACAGGUUCCAACCUUGAUGAUGGACACCCAGUUUUCAGAAUUCACUCCAGAUAUCACCCCAAUAAUGCUGGCGGCUCACACCAACAACUAUGAAAUCAUCAAACUGCUUGUCCAAAGACGGGUGACAAUUCCACGCCCACACCAGAUCAGAUGCAACUGUGUGGAAUGUGUAUCCAGUUCGGAGGUGGACAGCCUGAGGCAUUCCAGGUCAAGGCUGAACAUCUACAAAGCCUUAGCCAGCCCUUCGUUGAUUGCCUUAUCAAGCGAGGACCCCAUCUUGACGGCCUUCCGACUGGGCUGGGAGCUGAAGGAGCUCAGCAAAGUGGAAAAUGAGUUCAAGGCUGAAUAUGAAGAGCUUUCACAGCAGUGCAAGCGUUUUGCUAAGGACCUUUUGGAUCAAGCACGGAGUUCCCGAGAACUGGAGAUCAUUCUCAAUCACAGAGAUGAUCAGAGUGAAGAGCUGGAUCCCCAAAAAUGUCAUGAUUUGGCAAAGCUAAAGGUAGCAAUAAAGUAUCACCAGAAAGAGUUUGUUGCUCAGCCAAACUGCCAGCAGCUACUAGCAACCCUUUGGUAUGACGGUUUUCCAGGAUGGAGGCGGAAACACUGGGCAGUAAAACUCUUGACCUGUGUCACCAUUGGACUGCUAUUUCCUGUGCUAUCCGUGGCAUAUCUGAUUGCACCGAAGAGCAGGCUGGGACUGUUCAUUAAAAAGCCAUUUAUAAAGUUUAUCUGCCACACCGGCUCUUACCUAACCUUCCUCUUCAUGCUCCUGCUGGCGUCGCAGCACAUCGUCAGGACGGACCUUCACAUGCAGGGGCCACCUCCCACCAUCGUGGAGUGGAUGAUCCUGCCCUGGGUUCUAGGUUUUAUCUGGGGAGAAAUCAAGGAAAUGUGGGAUGGUGGAUUCAAUGAGUACGUACAUGACUGGUGGAAUCUGAUGGAUUUUGCAAUGAACUCCCUCUAUCUUGCAACUAUCUCCCUUAAAAUUGUUGCCUACGUCAAGUAUAACGGUUCUCGCCCAAGGGAGGAAUGGGAAAUGUGGCACCCGACUCUCAUUGCAGAAGCCCUCUUUGCAAUAUCCAACAUUUUAAGUUCCUUGCGUCUCAUAUCGCUGUUUACAGCAAAUUCACACCUGGGACCCUUGCAGAUUUCUCUGGGACGCAUGCUGCUAGACAUCCUUAAAUUCCUUUUUAUCUACUGUCUGGUGCUUCUGGCUUUUGCCAAUGGACUGAACCAGCUUUAUUUUUAUUAUGAGACGAGUGCCUCGGAGGAACCCAACAACUGCAAGGGGAUCCGAUGUGAGAAACAGAACAAUGCCUUCUCCACACUUUUCGAGACCCUCCAGUCGCUCUUCUGGUCUGUGUUUGGUCUGCUGAAUCUCUAUGUCACCAACGUGAAAGCCAGACAUGAGUUCACAGAAUUUGUUGGGGCCACUAUGUUUGGGACCUACAACGUCAUCUCCCUUGUUGUGCUGCUGAACAUGCUCAUAGCCAUGAUGAACAACUCCUACCAGCUCAUUGCCGACCAUGCGGAUAUUGAGUGGAAGUUUGCACGGACGAAGCUCUGGAUGAGUUACUUCGAUGAAGGUGCCACUCUGCCCCCUCCUUUCAACAUCGUCCCGAGUCCCAAGUCAUUCUGGUACCUUUGCAAGUGGAUUCACAAUCAGCUGUGCCCAGGCACCGACUCUGACGAUGAACAGAAGAGGCAUGAAAACCUCAAAACAUUCACAGAACGGCAUGCUGACAACCUGAUUCAGAAUCAACAUUACCAGGAAGUGAUAAGAAAUCUUGUGAAGAGAUACGUUGCAGCAAUGAUCAGAACUUCCAAAACCAACGAAGGCUUAACUGAAGAAAAUUUCAAGGAAUUAAAACAGGACAUCUCAAGUUUUCGCUAUGAAGUUCUUGACCUCUUAGGAAACAGGAAGCCCCAGAGGAGAAGUUAUUCUACCAGCAGCACAGAGGUGUCCCAAAAGGAUGAAACAAAUGAGGAUGGUGCUGGAGAAAAAUCCAAAGCCAAGAGCGUGUCUUUCACUGUAGCCAACAAAAAAAAGGACUUCAAUGUAUCUGCUCUAAUUAAAACUAUGUCUGGGAUCAAUAUGGUGGAAGAGAAGCCAAAAAGCAACGGGAUCAGUAAGCGCUCCUUUGUCCGAAAUGGAAACAGAGUUCAGAGACUUUCCAGCUCCAAGAAGGAGUCCUUUAAGAGACUGGGCCUGCUUUUCUCCAAGAUGAAUGGACACGUACCUGAACCACAUUCAGAACCCAUGUACACUAUUUCAGAUGGAAUUAUUCAGCCACACUACAUGUGGAAAGACAUUAAAUAUUCUCAGAUUGAUAAAGAGAAAGAAGAGAAUUGUUCCAAAAGUGAAAUUAACCUCAAUGAGGUGGACUACAGCGGGAACACAAGACUUACAGGACAGAGCAAGGAGUGCCCUGUGGUUUGUACCAGCUCCCUUCACUGUGCUUCCAGUAUUUGUUCCUCUAAUUCCAAACUUAUAGACUCGUCAGAGGAUGUGUUUGACUCGUGGGGAGAGGCUUGUGACUUGUUUAUAAACCAGUGGAAAGAGGGGCAGGAGGAUCACGUUACAACUCGGCUAUAA